CAAUUUUUACCAAAGGAGUGCAUGUUUCUUCUUCCAAAUAAGUUUCUAUGAAAUGAGAAGAUUACACCAUUCGUUACUAUGUGAAACAAACUUGUGAUGUAAAAAUUAUACCUUAAAAGCGGUAUACCCCUCUAUACUAAAAGACAUAUGGAGUUAUUUUCAAAGUAUCGGUGACUACGUGUUGGAAAAUGGGGGAAUUAUUCAAUUUCGGGCGGGUCCUCAUAUAGUUUAUGUUGUGAAUGACCCAGAGGCUGUUGGCAUCAUAGCAAACACGUGUUUGGACAAACCGUAUUAUUACAAGUUUCUGAUCGAUGGACUGGGAAAUGGAUUGAUAACGUUAAAUGGCGAAAUGUGGAAGAUACACCAUAAGUUAUUAAAUCCAGCGUUCAGUCAGCAUGUGCUGAAUACGUACCUAAAUGAAAUGGACGCACAAGCUCAAAAUCUUGUCUCACAAUUGACAACAGUGGCGGAGAAGGGACCUGUUAAUAUCACAGAGUUUUUGAUUCAAUACGUUCUAAGAACAGUUUGUCGUACGUCGUUGCGGCUGGAAGCAAAAGAUCAAGAUAUGAUUGAUAAUGAGUAUGCGAAAGCUAUUGAAGAAAUUGCAAAUAUUGUCGUUCGCCGUGCUUUAAAUCCAGUCUUUCAUUUCUCAUUUUUAUUUAACUGGACAGCAAUGUAUAAAAGACAAGUGAAACUAAGUCGAAAUAACAAGAAACUAUUGGAUCCUAUAAUUCAAAAAAGAAAAUCUGACUUAACAGCGACCAAACGCACAGUUAAUAACAACGAUGAUUCGGUACCAGGUAAAUUCAAACCUGCACUGGAUCUAUUGCUGCAUUUAUCUGAUGAACAAUACGUCCUCUCCGACGAUGAAAUCAGGGCGCAUCUGAAUACUUUCGUGGCAGCUUCUUACGACACAACUUCGUCAGUACUACAAAUUGUUUUGUUAGUGCUUGGAUCAUAUCCUGAGAUACAGGAACGAGUUUAUAAUGAGAUUAAAGAUGUUUUCGGAAACAGACAAGAGUUGACUAAACACGACAUCACGAAACUAAUAUACUUGGAUGCAGUAAUUAAAGAAGUAUUGAGAAUGUAUAAUACAAUUCCUCUUAUCGCGCGAAAACUUGACACUGAUAUUGUACUCCCUAAAUAUACUUUACGAGCUGGAAGUUCGUGUAUCAUGUCGAUAUAUGGCCUUCACCGCCACUCCUCGUGGGGACCGGACGCGAAGCAGUUCAAACCGGAGCGAUGGCUGAAUCCCGCUACUUUACCUACUAACCUCAACGUUUACGCCCCUUUUGGUAUUGGCAAGCGAAUUUGCAUUGGCAAACAGUACGCCAUGAUGUCCAUGAAGACAUCGCUUGUGCAUAUCGUACGAAAGUUCCACAUUACUGGUGAUGAUAUCAGCACGCUGAAAUGGAAUUUUGAAGUCGUAUUGAAAGCAAAAACUCCUCUUAUUAACUUGACGUUAAGGUCUUAA